CAUGUGGUGGAAGACGAGCGAACAGCCUCUCCGGGUAGCCUUCUGGUUCAACCAGCUGUCGUCCGUCUUCUCUGGAGUCGUCAGCUACGGCAUCUGACACACCCACACAGCACUACACCCCUGGCGACUACUCUUCCUUGUCCUCGGCGCAUUCUCCAUCCUCUGGUCAGGCGUCCUAUACAUCUUCCUCCCAGACUCCCCAGUCCAAUGCUGGUACUUAUCCGACCGCGAAAAGUUUGUCUGCCUCGAGCGCGUCAAAGACAACAACACGGGUAUGGAAGACAAAACCAUCAAAUGGUAUCAAGUGCGUGAAUGUCUCCUCGACCCAAAGACAUGGCUCCUAGCUCUGUUCUCGCUCGCCCAGAACAUCCCCAACGGCGGCCUUGUCACCUUCUCCGCCCUCAUCGUCACCGGACUCGGCUAUUCCUCCCUGAUCACCACCGUCCUAGGCAUCCCCACCGGUGUUCUCGCCACCGUAUGGCAGAUCCUGCUCUCGUUACUCGCCUCCCGUGUCCCCAAUUCCCGCUGUAUCAUCAUCGCCGUCUCGAACCUAGUUCCUAUGGCCUGUGCCAUCCUCAUGUGGAAAUUGCCCCGCUCCGACAAACACGGCCUCCUCGCCUCCUACUACGUCUUCUACACCUACUGGGCACCCUACGUACUAUCCACUUCGCUCCCAAUGGCCAAUACCAGCGGUCACUCGAAGAAACUGACUCUAAAUGCUAUCUUCUUUAUCGCAUACUGCGUGGGGAAUAUCAUCGGUCCGCAGGUCUUUCGCUCCACGGAUGCCCCGAGUUACUCGCACGGGUAUGAAGGCCUGCUGGCUUGUCUGGUUGUUGCGAUCGUCGCGAUCUCAGCCUACGGAUUACUUUGUAGAUGGGAGAACCAGCGACGGGAUCGUGAACAGCAGCAGCAGCAGCAGCAGCAGUCUGUUACUGUCUCAGAGGAUGCGGCAUUUUCGGAUCUAACGGAUAAAGAGAAGAGAUCAUUCCGGUAUACUUAUUAGUUUAGCAUUUAAUUUGAACCAGG